CUUUUCCCUUCCAGUUGUUUCCAUCAAAGGACCAGGUUGUGCAACGGUGGCUUAUCUAAAUGAAGAUGCUAUGAGGCUUACAAUGACAUUUGGAGACAAAGUUCUGAGAAACAUUACAUUAGCAGGAAAAAGGCCAAAUCCUGUCUGCAUGCCUCUUCCUGGAGGUGUUUCCAAAUUCUGUGGAAGAGUUUAUGGAAUAACGAGGGAUGGUGAUCAUUUCAAAGCAUGCCUAGCACUCGAACUUCGCUCUCUUGAAGAUUUAGAAGCAGCGUUGAGGGUCUCCUGCUUCAGGUUUGGUCCAGAGGGUGUCAAGCUGGAACCCGGAAGACCUGUUCCAGUAGUGCCAACUGAAGAAGAUGAAGACGAUGAUGAUGACGACUAUGGCUUUAGUGAUGGUGAUGAUGAUGACGAUGACGACGAUGAUGACGACGACUUUGGUUUGAGCGAUGAUGAUGAUGAUGACGACGACGAAGAUGAAACCGAAAAUGAUGUCGAUUCAGGGGAUGCUGACUACACAGCUUUCAGCGCAUUAAGUGAUGAAUUUCUCGGAGGCUUCUUCGGUUCUUCAAAUAAUAAAAAAACAAUUAAACCCUCAUCAAAACCGUCAACGAUUUCCCCCAUUACUCAAUCCAUUUCAGCAAAUAAACCGACAAAAACUACUGUAUCGAAACUAAUAAUUACAACAGCUAAACCUAAGAUUAAGAAGAACAAUACCACCAAAGUUCCCAAACGUGAAACAACCACAGCUAACAUCGAAGUCACUCAGACAAAAACAAUGCUAGAAGAAAUAACCUCGACGCAGAACUAUGCUGAAACUUCUGCUAAAAACCAUACUCACCAUCUUGAACAAGAUAUUCAAACAAAUGAAAGUAGCACUCAAAAGACAGGAUAUACAUCCAUACCAACAGAUGAUCCUGAAAAAUAUUCUGAAGAAGAUAGUAGUGAAGAAAAUGAAUAUGGGAGUACCGAAUCUAGUUCAGAAGAUAGUACAGAAACUUAUGAAUCCUUAGAUUCUGAAAACAAAGACAAUAACAGUAUAGCUAGUAAAAUACUAGAUGAGGAUGAAGAGGGCGAAGAGAGAACAUUUCCGUCAAACAGAGGACACAAUCUUACACCAGCAGAAACAGAACAAUUAUUCCCCGGACUCACAGCUCUUAUACGUCCGCCAUCGCACAUUUCUUUUUCCUUUCCACCAGUAAGAAGUGCAAGAACUCACAGAAGAAUGCGCUUACCUCCGAUCCAAAACUAAUCUCAAUCGAAAACUCAGUCCCUCACUACCACGCUAUUUAUGGACUACAUAAUUUUUGAGAGCAAAAAGAAGAUAAUGUGUUCAUUCAUAAAUUAAAAUGUAUUUAUUAGAUAUUUAAAUGCUUAAAUUAUUAUAAUUCCUCUUAUUGCUCAAUCGUAGUCAAUGUAAGUUCUGUAAUUUAUUGAAUAUAUUGGAAAAAGUCAUUUUUGUUUAUUAAUAAAGUUUAAACAGCAGUGAAAAGAAUGUAAAAUAUAUUGCGGUUGUAAAAUAGUGUAACUUUGUGUUUCAAAAAGCAUGUUAUUGCUCAAGGAGCAUUGUAAUAUUAGUUUUUAAAUAUCUAUAAUAUGAUAUAAAUUGUAUAAACUCAUAAAAGUAAGAUUCCUUAUGUAGUUUAUAUCAUCUAGAGCUCUUGGAUGAUGGCACUACUGUAGAUAUAUUUAUUAUGCCAAUUUAAUAUUUGAGAGCUAAUGCCUAUUUCUAUUAAGUAACUACAAUUAAAAAUGUAAAAAU